CAAGUGGGCGCUGAAUUACCUUUUUUGUCCACGGGGUCGCCGUCUUUACUAAGUACCUUGCUAAGGCUUGCUUACACUCGUGGACAUUCUCCCGACUAACUGUCCUUCAUCACGAUGUCGGCCCACUCGCUCCUCGUAAACUCACUUCUCCGUCCCCGUUCCAGUUGUCGACUUUCAAGUCAAGUUCGGCACCUGGCAACGCCGUCGACCUCAAAGUCCAGCUUCCGUGAAACGCUGGUCUCCGGACCAUCAUUAGACGACUUCAUCUCAGGAGAACCCAUAGAACAUGUAGUGCUAGGAAACACCAAGGGACCUCGGCUGCCCAGCUUUCUGAAGACAAAGAUACCCUCGGGCGCGUCUUUCAACAAAAUUAAGAAGGAUUUAAGGGGACUCAAUCUUCAUACUGUAUGUGAGGAGGCACGAUGCCCUAAUAUUGGCGAUUGCUGGGGUGGAAAAGAGGGUGCAACUGCUGAGGAGGGCAAAAGAGCAGCAACAGCCACGAUCAUGUUAAUGGGAGACACCUGCACUCGUGGCUGUAGAUUCUGCUCCGUCAAGACUUCUCGUACACCACCUCCAUUGGAUCCUCACGAACCUGAGAAUACAGCGGAGGCCAUUAGUCGAUGGGGGCUCGGAUACAUCGUGCUCACUAGUGUUGACAGAGACGACCUUGUAGAUGGUGGUGCACAUCACUUCGCAGAGACAAUUAUAAAGAUUAAGCAAAAGGCGCCUCAGAUUCUUGUAGAAGCAUUAACAGGAGAUUUUGCGGGCAACAUGGAAAAUGUUUCUCUCGUGGCCAAGUCCGGCCUAGACGUUUACGCACACAAUGUUGAGACUGUGGAAGAGUUGACUCCCGUUGUGCGCGACCGCCGCGCAACUUUCCGACAGAGUCUGAAGGUGCUUGAACACGCGAAGAAGGAAGGUGUCCGCAUAACCAAGACAAGUAUCAUGCUUGGUGUCGGCGAGACAGAAGAGCAGGUAAUGGAUGCUUUGCGAGAACUUCGCAAAAUUAAUGUCGAUGUUGUGACCUUUGGACAAUAUAUGAGACCCACGAAGCGACACAUGAAGGUUGACCGAUAUGUGGAACCUUCCGAGUUUGACCGAUGGAAACAAAUAGCUGACGAUAUGGGUUUUCUCUACGUGGCCAGCGGUCCUCUUGUCCGCAGUAGCUACAAGGCUGGCGAGUACUUUAUAGAGAAUAUUUUGAAAGGGAAGGCCACAGAGAACAGGGUGAAGAAUCUCGUUACACAGGAAGCAUCUGCAAGUCAUAUCCUCUGAGAAAACAUGAUCGUAUUGCACGAUGCUGUCUUAUUAUUUUACUGCUUUUAUUGUGUAAUCCAUGAGCGGAUCUAUAGAAAGAUAUCGACUGCCAAUUUUUAUGUUUGGGUCAGCUAUUAGAGGCUAGAGAGGCCUCCCUCUACUGCCAUUUUCUGAAUGGAUGUGAUUCGACUGUUGCCAAUAAACCUUGCCA